GAGAGCAAAGAGGAACCACCAACCUGUCAUGUCAGUGUGUUUAAUGACAUCUAAGUAGCAGCAGGAGGGGCGGGGAAGGUUAAAGCCUAAGACACUCAAACUCCAGCGGGCUCAGCUCUUCAACUGUCUGUCCGGACAUCACAUCUCACUGGCGGGGAAACUAUGAGCUCCGAAAACAUGAGAAAAUUUGAGGGCAAAUGCAUGUUGAGGCGGGACAUCAUAAGAGAGUUUCUGGCAGAAUUACUGGGGACAUUCGUAUUAAUACUGUUCGGUUGUGGUUCAGUGGCCCAAAAGGUCCUGAGCAGAGGCACACAUGGAGAAGAUCUCACCAUCCACUUUGGCUUUACUCUAGGGGUGAUGCUGGCUGUGUACAUGGCAGGAGGCGUGUCAGGUGGACAUGUGAACCCAGCGGUUUCUCUGGCUAUGGUUGUCGUGGGGAAACUCCCAAUAAAGAAAUUUCCUGUCUACGUGGCAGCUCAAUUCCUUGGUGCCUUUGCGGCUUGUGCUGUCUAUGGUCUAUACUAUGGUGCCUUUGCCAAUUUCUCUGAUGGACAUCUGCGUGUUACUGGUCAAAAUGCCACAGCAGGCAUCUUUGCUUCAUAUCCACGUGAAGAUCUCUCAUUGUUAAAUGGAUUUGUUGAUCAGGUGAUCGGCACAGGUGCCCUGGUCCUCUGUAUUUUAGCCAUAGUAGAUAAGAAGAAUAUCGGGGCACCUAAAGGGAUGGAGCCUCUGGUUAUUGGUCUGAGUAUCCUGGCUAUCGGAGUGUCCAUGGCGCUGAACUGCGGCUAUCCGAUCAACCCUGCCAGAGACUUGGGACCACGGCUUUUCACUGCUGUAGCAGGAUGGGGCUUAGAAGUGUUCAGUGCUGGAAAUGGCUGGUGGUGGGUUCCAGUGGUCGGGCCGAUGGUGGGAGGUGUGGUUGGGGCAGUGAUCUACUUCUUAAUGAUUGAGCUGCACCAUCCUGAACCUGAGAAGUACCUUGAAGAUGACAACAGCGUCAAAGACAAAUAUGAAUUAAACACCGUCAACUGAAAAGAGAGGGAAAGUAUGGUAUCUUUUCCUUCACCAUAUAGACAUCAAGCAAGAAACUCUCUUUUCUUCUCUGUCUUUUCCUCAAGAUCUCUUUGCUGAGUCUUUUGCCAAAGUACACUCAUUAAACCAAGCAGCUAUGAAAGACAGCAAGUGUUAAUUAUGCAUAAUUCUAGUUAUUUUCAUGUUUUUAACAGAAGUAGAACUAUAGAGAAUGUUCAAAGAGCAACAUCAACAUGGAACAAAUAGAAACAAUCAGGUAUUUUAUGGAAAGCAUCCGCAGUUUCUUCACCAUCAACAAGUGUCACACCACUGCCAGUAAAAGAUUGCAGGUGCAUUGCAUUGAGAUAAUCAUGAUUUCCAACUGGUUUCUCAGCAAUUUGUACAGACUCAGCGAGAGAGUUGAACUACUCAAGGAUUGUUGUAUCUAUAAUGUCCUUCAUUCCUUUGUCCAAUCCUACUACUAUUUGUCUUCUUCUUCUUAACUUUCACAGAGAUCUGACAACCCUAUAACAGCAGAUACAUGUUUUUCUCUCACUAAAACGAAGGAAGAGGGUACUUUACUGUCCACUCUGUUUACUCAAAGAUGAAAAGUCCGGACGAAUCAGUACAUAUGAACUAACUGCAUGCAUAACUGCUGAUAAGGUAACAUGCAUGAGGUAACAGGAUAAAUGUUGCAAUGCAUGCUAAAAACAAACCUGUGAUGAACUAUUAAAUAUAAGCUUAAGAAGAAAUAAAUGUGUAUUUAUGCUACAGUGUUAAAUGUAGAAGAAAAUAAGUUUUAGAAGGAAGGAGAAAGGAGCAGUAUUGUGUAUAAUACCACAUUC